AUGUGUGAAAAGAGCUCCCGAGAUUUACUAUACUACUACAAAUCAUCGUUGAAGAUAGGUGAAAUUGAACGAUAUAUUAUCAGUUACAGCCUUUACGAUGAGGAUGAGAUGCCAUCGAAUAUAACGUUAGAUCCUCUCUGGCUACGAAUCAAGAAUGUGGAAAAUAUUACUUUUAGAGCUGCAUACCUUAUGGGACCAUAUAUGAUUUACUGUGAUGUGCGAAACGAAAACUACCACCAUUCUCAACGACUAUUUGUGUCGGCAGAUCAACCCAAAUUCCAACCGAACAUUUUGCCACAGCAGGAGUUCAUAGCCGAGCUUUCAUUGCACAAUCUGAAAAAACGGUACGUUUGGGUUGUUGAUGUGGUCAGUCAGAUCAUUUUCACGAAUACAGCGCAAGUUGGGUUCGAAAUCUGUGUUGGGUCAUCGAGACGUUCGAUUUCACGAAAUUGGGACUUGAGUGCGCAAAGUGGAUCGAUGGACACCAAAAUGACAGUUACUAGACAGACGACUUUGGAUUUAUGGAAUUUACCUUUGCAGGUUUCAUUACACGCGAAUCAAAAGGAACAUUUAGUGGUUCUGACACAUGGAUUGCAUUCUAACGUUUCAGCAGAUCUCUUUUAUAUGAAAGAGCAGAUCGAGAGAAGUCAAAAAUACUACGAUAAUGAGCGGAUAGUUGUGCGGGGGUUCGACGGGAACGUGUGCGGCACGGAACGUGGGAUCAAACGCCUGGGUACAAGAUUAGCGGAACAUAUUAUAAACCACUUUUACAAUGACAAGACCUGCAAAAUUUCGUUUGUUGGGCAUUCCCUGGGUGGUACUGUACAGACGUUUGCCAUUGCUUAUAUCGCUGAAAAGUAUCCAUGGUUUUUCGAAAAGGUCAAACCGGAAAAUUUCAUUACUUUGGCAUCACCUCUGCUGGGAAUUGUCACCGAUAAUCCUGCCUACAUUAACAUACUCUUGUCGUUCGGUAUUGUGGGUAAAACUGGCCAGGAUCUUGGUUUAAAAGAUGACGCGCAGAACGAUAAACCUCUGCUUUAUUUGCUACCUGGAGAACCAACCAAAAAUGUCCUGAGAAGAUUUCAUCGACGUACCGUUUAUGCAAAUGCAACUCACGAUGGGAUCGUUCCCCUUUAUUCUGCGGGUUUACUAUUUUUGGACUACGAGGAAAUCCUUUCACAAUUACAACAACUACCUGCCUCGAGAAAGCGUCUUGAAGCGCCGUCAGCAGGUGGAGGAGACUUCAUUAAAAAAAACUUCCUGUCUCCAUUCACCAAGGCUAUCAAUCUGUGGGCUCCUCAAAAGUUUCCUGAUAACCAGAGCGAUUCUACUUUACCUAAAGUUUCGAUAAUAGAAUCUGCGGCCUCGGUUUUGAUACCACCGCUCCCAGACAGAUCUUAUAUCAUGGAUCCAGCUUCUCGAGAGAAUGUUAUACUUCAUGACAAAAUUUAUUCACCUGAUGACAUCCCCCUGCGAGAAUCAUCAUCAGAUAAAAGGCUCAAAGACAGCAAAAACCUGUUACUCAAGGCUUUUACAAUGACAGGGUCCGAUGAAAGUCGAAAUUUAGAAAGCGAGAUAGCGAGAAGAUGGCAUGAUGGCAUGUCUUGGAGAAAAGUAAUUGUUUCUUUGAAACCGGACGCACAUAACAAUUUAAUCGUUCGCCGGCGCUUUUCGAACGCUUAUGGCUGGCCCAUAAUAGAUCACCUUGUCCAGAAUCAUUUCAAUGGAAUUCGUGAUGAUGCUGCGAACGGAAUUGAAAAUUCAAGCGUCGAUUUGCCGUUGACCGACGACUGCAAAACUAAUAAUAGCACUUGUAGUCAUGAUAAUGACUGGAUAACCCGACUUGAGAAAGAUAGUCUCUUUGAUGUUGGACCUACUGGCAUGAUUUCAACAGUUGGCGAAAUACUGGAUUCACUAGGGAAAAACAAUCCAUUAUUGGGAGUGAACUCAACGCCAGCUCGAAACUCAGAUCCGACGGUCCUUGCACAGGAAAACCUUUUCAAAUAUGAAGAGCCGGAAGGCAGCAUGAUGUGA